UUGUAAAUUUACAUUAUCAAUGGAUAGCAACAGUAAGAAAGAAACAUUUCCUCUAAUUCAGAUUUCCACUAAGAUGUUACAAAUUAUCCGUUUGUGGAAUGAAUCAUCUGGGCAAAGAAUGUCGACAUUCGGUGCGCUAUUGAUUGCCGUGUUCCCAAUAAUGUGGCUUAUCCCUAGCUGGUUGUUUAUAGUAAGCUCGCAGGACAAUAUCAAGCGUUUGAUGAAGGCGAUCAACGAACAGAUAGUGUUUUGUAUAGUGUUUUUGAAAUUUAGCUUCUAUGCAAUUCAUUUUCGUCGUUGGGAGCAGUUAUUUUACGAUCUGCAACGUUCGUUCAGCACCGUUGUGAACAAUCCCAGUCUCGAGAUUCAAACCAUAUUGGGACACGUAACGAAAUCGACCCAUAAGCUCACUAAAUACUAUUGCUCUAUAGUAAGCUUCAACGGUGCUGCGUACGGCUUAUUUCCAAUGUUGUUCAUAGUGGUUAAAUAUGCCGUGACGGGCUCGUACGACGUACCGCUUUCAACACCGAUUGAAGGAAACUAUUUUAUCCCCGGUUUUCGUACAAACUUUUGGGUUUGGUUGCCCUUUAAUUUAGCCCAAAAUGUGGUGCUGCAGUGUCAUAGCUUUGCUGUAAUUACCAUUGAAUGCUUCACAUGGAAUCUUGUGUAUGCCACAUCCUGUAUGUUUCGAAUCCUGCAAAUCCAAGCCACCGAGCUUUUAGAUCGAAGUCGGGAUAAAAAAGAAUGGAACAUCAAGUUUAAAACAUUCAUAGCUCUGCAUGAUUCUGUGCUGAGAUCGGCUAGGACACUGGAGGCAAUUUUGAGCGGUCAGAUAUUAUUACUUUAUGUUUCUACAAUUUUGGCUGUAUGUCUUGGAAUGGUAGUGCUGACCCUGGCCAUCGAAGAUGUUUAUCUCCUGUUAACAACGUUUGUCGCAUUUGGCUACUGUAUGUUUCAAAUGUUUUCCUUCUCUUAUCUCGGCACUGAGCUCAUAGAGCAAAGCGAAGCAGUAGCGGAUGGGAUUUUCAAUAGCAAAUGGUAUGAGGAGGAUGUAAAAGUACAGAAAGAUCUUAGCUUCGUACUGAUGCGAGCAAAGAAACCGGUAAGAUUGACUGCAGCAAAGUUGUUCGUUGUAACACGUGACUCCUUCACCCAGGUAAUGAAACAGGCAUACACUAUAUUUGCAUUGAUGUCCCAAUUUCUGGACGACAUUGCAAAUUAAACUUUAUCUAAGCAGUGCGUGCCACAUCACAAUAGCACAAUAUCAUUGUGAACGAGCGCAUGUUUUGCUAUGAAUUUUAGUAGUUCAAUUUUAGUAGAUCAAAAUCUAAAUAACCAUCAUCGUCAGAUUUUGCGGAGCGCCUGAAAGUAUACACUGUGAUGUUUUAUCACAGCUUCUACAGGUUAUGGUUAGAUGUAGCUUGCUGAUGUUAAAAAAAUGUUUUCAAUAAAUCAUAUUACACGCUUGUCUUGCUUAAUCCAGUUUGUAGCUGGGCAAAAAUUAAGCUUUAUUUACAUCAAUAGUCAACACUUAGAAAUUUUAAUAAAAUUACUGGUUUACUGAUGAGUUUCAAACUCGUGCAAUUGAACCAACCAUUAUUUUGAUAUAGAAAUUAAAUCAAUUGGAAAUUUGACGCCACUGCAGAGGUUUUAAAAAAUGUAUUUGAAGAAGCUCACUUGCCAAAGUGUGCUGGAAAAUAAAAUCUCUUUCGAGAAAUGACAUGCGUCCUGCAAAUAAUUUCUGGGGAAGGAAAUUGUACACAUUAUGAAUCCAGGCUAAUAGAUACUUCCAGCCAAAUGAAAAAUUGUGCAAAUAUAAUUUUAAAAAAGUUACAAACAUGGAUAUUAGAAUGAUUCGAUUUGAAUCUUGCAAAAAAAUAGUUUUUAUGUAGUUCAAUUUAUUGUUUCAUAAUUUUUCAAUUUGUUUCCUUCAUCCCAGGGUUUCUCAAGGUAUUUUAUGCAUAUUUCCUGUAUUGGAUUGAAUUCGUCCCACGUAUUUAAUGUUCGUUUCUCAAGUUUCGAUAGUUUAUUGAUAACGUUUCAUGAUUAUUAAAAUAGACUAUUUAAACGCUUUAGAAAUCGU